AUGCCUCCCGUUCGACGCCAAAACGCUGCUACACAACAACGCGCAGGGAAUGUAAAUCAGCCAUCGGUGAAUGACCUUCGACAACAAUGCCUAGACAAAGGUUUGUCUGACCACGGCCGCCGAAAUACGUUGGUCGCGAGACUGCAACAACAUGCUUCAACGUCUUCGUCGAACAGUAACGCCACGGAAGUCGAGACACGAGUCGAACAAACAGCUCUCGAGACGACAUCUGUGCCACGCGAAAACCCGAGCAAAAGCUCUCUUUUAAACGACGCUCAGUUGGCCCAAAUCCAAUCGAUCAUCGCGAGGAUAGUCCAACAAUCGGUUAACGACAUCGCUACAAACGCCGCUCGAGCUGCCGUACAAGCCAUGGCAAGUGCACCUUUGCCAAUUCCCACGAGUGAGCCACAACACAGCGCCAACCCUUCGACUUCGUUAGACAACGCCACGGCAAUUUUCUAA